AUGGCGGACGGGGAGGAGGUUACUCUGGAUGGGAGGCUGCUCCAGGCGCUGAGGGUCGCUGACCUGAAGCAGCACGGCCUGGUAAAGAGCGGGCCGAAGAGCUCGUUGAUCAAGCGCCUCCACGGGUCCCGGGAGGCUGCCACGGCCUCAGGCCCUCCCGCCAGCUCUCCUCUGCUCCCCGCUGCUGCCCGGCCCUCUCGCCAGCCUCAGGGCACAGGGAGCUUACCUCUGCCGAUGGCAGGCUUCCCUCCAGAUCCUUCAACUUCCCAAGCAAGCUUUAUGGAGUUUUCCAUGAGAGAACGUAUGAGAGAGAAGCUCAGAGCUGCCCGGUCUAGAGCAGAAAGCGCUUUGCUAGAAGAAGUCUCAAGUUCACGAUCUCUGAAAAGUCUCAGAGAGAGGAAGUCACAUAUUAGACUGGUAAAUGAGGUGGGUGAAGAUGAAUCAAGUGUCACGCCAGAGGAUGAAUCCAAAGUAUCUGCAAGAGUAAAGUUUCACGAUUCAGCCAGAAAAAUGAAACAGAAAUCCCAGAUCCAAACUGGUUAUCCUUCUUCUGAAGAAGCCUAUAACUUCUUCACUUUCGAGUUCAAUCCUGAGCCAGAGAAUGUACAGGAAGAAACUCAAAAGAAGAAAAAAAGCAGCUCUGACGUGGGGGAAGAGGAAGUGGAAGAGCAGGAAUCCAAUCCUGGGCACGAGGAAGAACGGACGGAGGGUGAAAUGAAUGAAGAAGAGCAUCUUGUUCACGAUAAAGAGGACGAGGAUGUAUUCAUCAUAGAACAGGCAGCUGCCGACUUCCUAGUGGUUAGACAUGCUGAAUAUGAGAGCUACUCUGGACGAGUGGAGAAGGAGAGAGAACUGUUGUUCACUCCCAGCAAGCUAAGAGUGCCUGCCUCUCUAAAAGUACCUGAAAAUAUGCAGCCAAGGUACCUUGAGGACGAAGGUCUGUAUACAGGAGAGCGACCGGCCGUGCCUCUGUCGAACCAAACUAUGAUGGAGAAUAGACUACUCCGGCAGGAACAGGGCAAAAAAUGGUUUGGAGAUGAUGGCAAAAUUCUGGCUUUGCCCAAUCCAGUGAAGCAAUCCUGUACAAGGCCUCCAAUAUUCUCAGUGGAAGAAGGUAAAGAGCCAGAACUUGAGACAUUUUAUAGAAAGGCCAUGAAAAUGAUGCCUGCGAGUCAGUAUAUUGUGGGCUCGGAAGACCCGGUGGGGCAGUUUCAGUUGGAUGUUGAUAUUUCAGGGUUAAUAUUCACUCACCAUCCCUGCUUUAGUCGUGAGCAUGUCUUGGCGGCAAAACUGUCUCAGUUGUAUGACCAGUACCUGUUGAGGAGACCGAAAAAUCUUUCCAAACUGCUGACAGACAAGCUGCAUGCACUGAGAAAUGCCCUACACAGUAUCUUGGGUACCAGUGAAAUGGGGAUCCUGCAUCCAGUUGCACAGCAGACUAUUACAGAAUAUAUGCUUGAAAUAAGGCAAACACGAAAACUUCGCGAUGCUGAGCAAGAAAGAGAUCGAGCAUUGCUGAAAGCCAUUAUCAAGGUUUGGAAGGAAAUCAAAUCCCUGCGUGACUUCCAGAAGUUUACCAGCACGCCCCUGAAACUCUGCUUGAGAAAGGAAGAAGUUGAUAAGCAGAUGGACGAGAAGGCGUAUGAGGAAGAAAUUCAGGCUGAAAUAGCUGAAUUAAUGGAAGAAUACAUGGAGGAAUAUGAAAAGAAAAUGCAAGACUACAGAACUGAACUUCAGGAAUGGAAAUCCUGGAAGAGAGCUCAGAAGUCCAGGAAGAGCAAGAAGAAGAAGAAAAGCUCCAGUGAGUAUGAAGAAGCAGAUGAACCGGAGUAUGUUGAGGAUCCCGUGAAACCCGUUCCUCCCCCAAUGGUUGACAGGCUGCAGGUAGAGCAGCAGGUGCGUGAAAAAGCUGCCAACAUUCGAUGGAGACCAGAGGAACCUGCUUUGAUUCCUGAGCUGAGCCUAACAGGGAACAUCACUCCAACUGAGCUUUGUCCUAGGGCAGAAAUUUCAAGACGUGAAGAUGUUAAGAAACGAUCUCUGUUUUUAAAAGUCCUUUUUAACUCCAAAGAGGUGUCACGGACAGUUUCCCGGCCAAUAAGCUUAGACUUCAGAAUUCACUUUGGACAGAUUUUCAACUUGCAGAUAUUCAACUGGCCAGAGAGUUUGAAUUUGCAGAUAUAUGAAACAGUUGGUCAUGGUAGUGUGAACUUGUUGGCUGAAGUGUUCGUACCGAUUCCUGAGACAACAGUUCUGACCGGGGGAGCUCCUGUAGAAGAAAUAGAAUUCAGCAGUGACCAGCGUGUGAUGUUGGACCACGAAGGCGUGGGGAGUGGUGUACCAUUUUCAUUUGAAGCUGAUGGCAGCAAUAAAGUGACCUUAAUGACAUCCGGCAAAGUAUCUUGUAGUGUUUCCUGGGCAGUUGGAGAAAACGGAGUGCCCUUAAUUCCUCCAGUAUCACAGAAAAAUGCUGGGUUCUUCAGUGCUAUAAAAAAUGUUGAUGCCAUUGCAUCUAUUGGCACGUCAGGAUUAACAGACAUGAAGAAACUUGCCAAGUGGGCAGCAGAGACCAAGCUGGACCCAAACAACCCAAGCAAUGCGGCCCUGAUGCAUCUGAUAACGGUUGCCACCAGUGGAGAUGCUUCUCUUCCCGAUUUCUUCAGGCUGGAGCAACUGCAGCAGGAAUUUAAUUUUGUUUCUGAUGAUGAGUUUAACAGAUCCAAAAGAUUUCGACUUCUUGAGCUCAGAAAUGGAGAAGUGACUGAGUUUCGAAGUUAUAAACAUGUUCCAUUAUUGGAAAGAGAAAUUAGUGAAAGAAUCUUCCAGGACUAUGAGAAAAGGCUGCAGGAGAGAAAUGUCGUUGACACCAGGGACCACCUGGAUGCACACAGAGCUUUAGUUGCCAAGUACCUCCAAAAGGUGAGGGAAUCUGUAAUAAGCCGGUUCCUGAUUGCAAGGCACCAUUUUCUUCUCUCUGAUAUGGUCCAUGAAGAAGAAAUCCUAAGUCUUGGCAUUUUGGGACUCAGUCUUUUUAAAUUGGCGGAGCCAAAACGGCCCCUGAAACCAAGACGAAAAGAGAGGAAAAAAGUCACAGCUCAGAACCUCUCUGAUGGUGACGUCUGCCUCUUGGUGAACAUCAUUAGAGCGUAUGAGAUUCCUGUAAGAAAGUCCGAAGGCAGCAAACUUCAGCAGCCAUCUAGAUCAUCCCGAACCUUCAAUGAGAUGUUUGCUGCCUCUACAAACCUGCAGAAUCCAACCCACCCAACAGAGUGGGCAUUUAAUCAGGUUUUAGUACGACCUUUUGUAGAAGUUUCGUUUCAGCGAACCAUUUGCCGGACAACAGCUGCUGAAGGGCCAAACCCCAACUGGAAUGAAGAGCUUGAACUUCCGUUUCGAGCCCCCAAUGGUGACUACAGCACUUCCAGCCUGCAAUCAGUGAAGGACGAUGUGUUCAUUAACGUGUUUGAUGAAGUACUUUACGACGUCUUAGAGGAUGAUCGUGAAAGAGAAAGUGGAGGAGUUCACACUCGUGUUGAGAAGCACUGGCUUGGUUCAGUGCGGAUCCCUUUUACAACUAUAUAUUUUCAAGGAAGAAUCAAUGGAACGUUUAAGAUAGAUACUCCCCCAGUUCUUCUUGGGUAUAUCAAGGGGGGAAAUCUAGGAAUUGAAAGAGGCUAUGAUUCCAUUCGAAAUCUGACUGAGGGCUCCUAUAUAUCACUGUUCAUUACUAUUGAACCACAGCUCAUCCCUGGAGAAACAGUACGGGAAAAGUUUGACAGCCAAGAAGAUGAGAAGCUCCUCCAAGCAGCUGAGAAGUAUCAAGCUGAGUGUCUGCUGAAGUUUCCAACCCGCCAGUGCCUGCCGACCGUCAUUGACAUUAAUGGGAAAACGGUCUUCAUUACUAGAUACAUCAAACCUCUGAACCCACCAGAGGAGCUCCUUCGGGCCCAUGCCGACAAUCCCCAAGCAACAUCAGAGCUGGUGGCCCGCUAUGUCGCCUUGAUUCCGUUUUUGCCCGAUAGUGUGUCAUUUGCUGGGAUUUGUGACUUGUGGAGUACGUCAGAUCAGUUCCUUGAUCUUUUGGCUGGAGAUGAAGAAGAACACGCAGUGCUCUUGUGUAACUAUUUUCUUUCUCUUGGCAAAAAGUCCUGGCUUCUCAUUGGAAACGCCAUUCCGGAGGGAGUAACAGCAUAUGUGCUAAGUUGGGAACAAAACCAGUAUGUGAUCUGGAAUCCCAGGAAUGGCCAUUUUUAUGGGCAGUACGAUACUUUCUGCCCAUUGCAAAAUGUAGGCUGUUUAAUUUCUGGUGACAAUAUUUGGUUCAAUAUUCAACAAUACGAUUCCCCACUAAGGAUAAAUUUUGAUGUCAGCAAACCCAAAUUAUGGAAACCAUUUUUUUCAAGAAGUUUACCAUUUCCCGGCCUCUCCAGUGUGCAGCCGGAAGCUGUGUUUUACCAGCACGUGGACAAGGCUGCUGCACUAGAACUUCAGGGCAGACUUGAGAAGAUUUUGAAAGAGAAGAUCAUGGACUGGAGACCCAGAAACUUGACACGGUGGAACAGAUACUGUACCUCAGCCCUUAGGCAUUUCUUGCCUCUGCUGGAAAAGAAUCAGGGCAAAGAUGUAGAAGAUGACCAUCAGGCAGAAUUACAAAAACAGCUGGGAGACUACAGGGUUUCAGGAUUUCCUAUUCACAUGCCAUUUUCAGAAGUCAGCCCAUUAAUUGAAGCAGUCUAUACUACUGGAGUACACAACAUUGAUGUCCCGAAUAUAGAAUUUGCAUUAGCAGUGUAUGUUCAUGCUUACCCUAAAAAUGUUCUAUCAGUGUGGGUGUAUGUUGCCUCAUUAGUCCGCAACAGAUAAAAGUUGACUGAAUAAACCCUCAUUCUUGAGCUCUUCCCAUCAA